AUGCGACCACGCAAGCUGGAUGCCAAAGAACGCGAUUUUAUUGGCAAACGAGCAAAUGAGAUAGGUCCCUUAGGAACAUUUCGCGAGCUCGUGGAAGCUGCUGAUGAAAAAAUGCUCGCAGCAAAUUCAACUGGUGGAGUAUUAAAACCAAUGAAAGAACAAAAUCAAUUAUUGAUUUAUACAAUAAUGUUCAAGGAUGGUAUUGAUGGAAAUAAUAAUGUUCCACUAGCACACGCUAUAUUAACAGAUCAUACAGUCCCGGGUAUCGGUUAUUUUCUUGGCAAUGUAAUUCAUAGUGUCAAUCAAGUGACAACAAAGAAAAAAGUACGUCCACCUUCAUUUAUCGUUAUUGAUUUUUCUGCUGCUCUUAUGAAUGCCGCUCUUCAACAAUUCAAUAUUGAAACUAUUAACAAACAUCUCAAACGAUGCUGGAAUGUUAUACGUGGCAAAUAUAGUGCUGAAAUAAUUCGAUCAUUAUCUUUUAUUCAUUUGUGCUGUUGUCAUGUUAUGCAUGCUGUGGCAAGAAGUCUGAAUGCUGAAAAAAUUGAAAAGAAAACGCGAGAAGCUGUGUUAUAUAUAUUCGCUUAUAUGUUAUGUAGCAAUGAUAUCAAUCAGUUAUAUGACACAUUGGAAUUAGUGAUUGAUAUAUUUGGUGAUCCAAAUGAACAGAACGCAAAAAAGAAACUUGAUCGAAUAUGUUCUCUUAAAUUGAACGUUGAUGAAGAAAAUUGUAUCUUUACGUUUAGUGAAUCGGAAAACACUACAACUGCUUCUUCAUCAAGCAAAUCGGGAUCAUCUUCUAAAACUUCAAGCGAGAAAAUUUCAAUCAAUCAACAACGACACUCAAAUGAAAUCUUGUGUUCACGGUCUGAUUGUCCCCAAAAGGAACGCAAGUGCACAUCAACUGAAUUGGAUAUUUUUUCAAAUGACGAGUGCAUUGACAAAUUUGAGAUUGAAACUGAGGGAGUGUGUUCAACAAUGGUGAAACGCCCAGAAGAAAUGAAUGAAGCUGAAGCACUUCAAAAGAAAUACAGAGAUGGUCGCGUGCCACUUUUCAAUUGUGAAACAAACACAAAUGAAUACGAACGUGGCUGGUUAUGUAAUGCUAGAAAUAUUCAAACAUCACCUAUAUUUGAUUAUGGCCAUCCUCCCAUAAUUAUUGUAAGUAUUAAACCAUUUUCAAGAAGAAUUAAUGAAGGCUAUGAACCAAAUGAAGUCCGACUUCGUGAUCUUAAAGAUACCAUCAGAAUCAGUUCUAUUAAACGUAUUAUCUUAAAACAAGCACCACCACCAUCAUCACCACCACCAUCAUCACCACCACCACCAUCACCACCACCACCAUCACCACCACUACUAAUGAAAUAG